ACUAUAUCCUGUUAUUUGACCUUUAAAAGGGGUUUCCUUUAAAAGACCGUAUAUAACUAUUAUCCUGUUUGUACACUAUACAUAUAACGUGUGUACACUUAUAUUGAGCGUUAAAAUCCAGCAAGGCAAGGUUUGUAAGAUGGCUGAAAAAACAUUGAAAACUCUCUUACUUAUUGGAUUGUUCUCGAUUGGAUCGACCACAGACGAACAAGAUACCAUUGUAGUUGAUACAAAAUUAGGAGCAAUCAAAGGCACAGUAUGGAAGUCAGAGGAAACGGGAGAAAACUUGUACGAAUUUCGUGGAAUUCCAUAUGCAAGACCUACUACAGGUGCAAAAAGAUUCACUAAACCUGAACCCGUUGACCCGUGGAAAGAUACCUUAGAUGCUUCUGAAUUUGGUGCAUCUUGUCCCCAGUAUGUGCCAGAUGUAAUGGCUGACUUGAGACCAGAAACAAUGGAAGAAGAUUGUCUGUUUUUAAAUAUAUUUGUCCCUAAAAAACUGAAGCCAGGAAAACAUUUGUCUGUCAUGUUUUGGAUACACGGUGGUGGACUUAUGAAUGGAAAUGGAGAUGUAUUUGACGGAAGUUUGCUUACCAUGCAAGGGGACGUAAUUCUUGUCACAAUUAACUAUAGACUUGGAAUAUUUGGAUUUCUGGCCUUAGAUCAUCCGGCCGCCAUGGGUAACUACGGGAUAUGGGACCAAAAGCUUGCAUUACAAUGGGUUCAUGAUAAUAUUGAAUCUUUUGGUGGGAAUCCAGACUCGGUUACAAUUUUUGGUGAAUCGGCUGGAGGUUGGAGCGUCUCCUUCCAAUCAUUAAUUCCAUCAAAUAAAGGUCUGUUCCACAGAGUCAUAGCUCAAAGUGGAGUUGUAACAAGAGCAGGUGUCCUAAGUAAGCAAAUGAUUCGGGAUGCUUUCAGAGAUUUGUCCGAGAAAGUUAAUUGUCCAGUUGAUGAUAUGUACCAAUUCACCGACUGUCUUCGAGAUAAGUCUGUUGAAAUGCUUCUUAACGAAACUAACUUUUUUACAAUGAUGUCAAACGAGGUAGCUAAGUUUAACACUGAGUAUCAACCAGCUAUCGAUGGAGAACUAUACACAGAACAUCCUUUACUUUUAUUAGAUGACAGUUCAUCGGAUGUUUCAAAAUUUUUCCGUUCUCUAGACUUUAUGGCGGGAACUACAUCAAACGAAGGAAAUUUGUUGCCUAUGACAGCUCAUCCUGGAUUACAAGCACGAUAUGACUUUAAUGUGAGUGAAAGUAUCCCAGCAACAUUUGUCUGCCAAGGAAUGCUGUAUCCUUAUGUUGAUAGGAAUUUUAACACUGACAAGGAGCAGCUCAAAGAAUCAUUAUGCCAAUUCUAUACUACUGACAUUUCAGAGGAUGCUCAGAGCUUACUGGCGACACACUGCUACGCGGAUUUGAGCUUCGUUUUCCCAACACUUAAAAUGUUGGAAAACCAUGCAUCUGGGACGGGUACAACAUACCAAUAUCUAUUUUCUAGAGAAAGUAGUAAACCAAUAAAUAUAGUAGGUCCUCCACCAAAGUGGUUCCGUGGGGCAGGUCAUGCAGAAGAGCUAAAGUAUAUGUUUGAUAUCAGCCGACUCUUUAAACAUUUAGAUUUAGGGUUAACAGACGAAGAGAAGACUCUCUCCAAGAAUAUUAUUCAAUACUGGACAUCAUUUGCGAAAUCCGGACACCCAGUCGCUGGUGAAGAUUCAGUUAAGUGGAAUGAGUUUGACCUUGAGGACAGAAGCUACAUUGACCUUGAUGUACCUAUCACAAUGAAAAAGUCGAUGAAGCAGGAAAUGUACAAGUUUUUGAACGAACAAUUUCCUCCGUUAACAUCCGACAAACAUGAACGCGACGAGUUGUAAACUAUGUUUGUUAUUUUUCUUUAUUUAUAUUAAGUACAUUUGUUUUCAUUAAAAUUUAGGAUACCAUCAUCAACAAUAUCUCGAGUAUGUGAAGGAAAAGUUAUUUUUUCUUAAAAAGUUUCAUAAUUGAUUUAGUUGUUAAUUUCUAAAUGUGCCAUCAAGUCCUUGUAUAUCCAAGCUUUUGUAAUAUACAAUGUCGGCUCUAAUCAUAUCAAAACACUAAAUGCAUAAGUUUUACAUGUACAUAUACUAAAACAUUGAAUAUUAUACAUUUAUCAUUUUGCAAUGUGACUUGUACUUUUUAUUUGAUGAAACUUUGCUUUGUCGUCUAUUACGUCAGUUUUAUAAAAUUUAGUAUAUUUUUGUUGA